AGGCAGGACAGAGAGAGCGGAGAGGGGAGGUGGAGGAGGAGGAGGAGGUGGAGGAAGAAGACUCAGUUCAACUCUCGGACUGGACUCAGAGCCGCGGUUCAUCUGUUAAUUCAAGAUGGAGUCACAGCGACUGAUCGGCUCUCCUGAUAUCAGGAUACAGCAAAACUACGUGCAGACACACAGCCCCAGAGGCAGCCAGGAUGGCAUGUUUGGAGUUAGGGUCCAGGUCCAAGGGAUCAAAGGUCAACCCUUUGUGGUUCUGAACAGUUCUGACCAGGAGAACCACAGAGACAUCUCUGUGAUCACUCACCAAGUGGGGUACACCCCUGGUGUGGUGAGGAGGACUGUGGACUGUGCAACCUCCUCAGGGUUUCAUUAUCAGAAACAUCCGGAAAUCCUGCGGCCUUAUGACCCUGAGUGUAAUAACCUGAACUUAGUGAUCCCUCCUAAAGGUUCAGACCCUCGACCCGGGAAGCCAAACACCAGCCUUCCUUCAUCCCAGUCUCCCAAACCCAGGAUCCCUUUGCCUGCUGAAAGCCCAGAGGGAGACCAGAUGGAGGUGGCCCAGUAUAAAGUGCCGCCUUCAAGUCGACAACUCCCUGCACGGUGCCCGAACACAGUGGACACAGACUCCAUUAUGUCUGUAGGGAAGCUAAUAAGCCAGUUCAACAGCAGCCAGCGGAGAGGAAGAGGAGGCCCGAGGAACAGGUUAGACCCGGAGCAGUGUCGAAGAUCACGCAGCGUGGAUAGCAGCAGAACAUCUGAAUCCUCCUCCUCCUCGUGUUCCUCCAGCAGAGCCUCCUCUUUAAAGGGCGUCAGGGGGGAGACUCCAGGCGGGAUAUAUCCUCCAGGGUCAGCCAGAGCUCGACUUCUCAGCGGGGAAGCUUCUCUGGGGAACAGGAGGGAGGAGAACAAACCAAACACACUGCUUGUGGGUCAAAAUGGAAGAGAGACUCUACCUCCGCAGGCUGCAAAACUACUUCACAGAGCAGAGAAACCGUCCCUCUCCACGUCAUGCAGUGACCAGACAGAUGACUCUGAUGAAAGAGAUGCACAGGUGACUCCUGACCUUCUGAAAGGACAGCAAGAGGUCUCUGUGGACUCAGCUGAAGACACAACAAGACAAAUGCUGUUCACUUAUCUCCAGGACGGGACGACUGAUGAUGACUCCACCACUCAGAAGAAAGUCAACCUGCUGCUUGAAAGGGUCAACAAGCUCAAGUGGAAGGCCGCUCAAAAUGUGGAGGAGGAGGAGAAGGACUCUUUGGCAGGGGUAAAGCUUUUGCAAGAGAAACAGGCCGCACUGGAGAGAGAGGUGUCCGAGUUAAAGCAAAAACUGGAAACAGAGAUUAAGAAUGAGAAGACUCUAGCCAUAGCUUGUGAAAAAGCAAGGACAGAGAAGAAGAAACUUCAGGAGGAGCUGGUCAAAAGUCAGGAAGAGUUUCGCAGACUCAGGGACAGACUGACCGAGGUGGAGACAGCACUUCAGUCCACCAAACAGGAACUGACUCAGAUGAAGGGAGAGAGGGAGAGAGCUAGGACGGAGAUGAAAGACCUUCAGCAGCAACUCUCUGAGAUGCACGAUGAGCUGGACCAUGCCACGAAGGCUGAGGUGAUAAACACAGAGAAAGAAGUCCUUCUGAAGGACAUGGCACAGCUGCGUGCAGACUUUCAGGUGAUGCUGCAGUUGAAGGAGGAACAGGAGGAGGUUUUGCACCACAGGGAGAGGGAGCUAAGUGCCCUGAAGGGGGCGCUCAAAGAGGAAGUGGAGACUCAUGAUAGCUACAUGGCUGCUCUGAAAGAGGAAUAUGAAAAUGAGAUUGAAAAACUGCUCGGGGAUUUAGAGCACGCUAAAGAGAGCAAUGCUCUGCUGGGCCAGAAGAAGGUGGAAGUAGAGGAGGAGAGGGGUGCAGCUAAGGUGCAGCUGAAGGGGCUGAGCCAGGAGAGGGAUCAGCUGAGAGGAAAGGUGCAGGAGCAGAGUAACAAGGUGGAUCAGCUGAGUAUUGCAAUCCAUGAGUGUAAAACCACGGAGAGGCUGCUGGAGCAGAGAGCAAAGCAGCUGGAGAGGGAGAAGCAGCAGCUGGAGGAGUCGCUGAGAGAUGUGAGGAGGAAUGAGGAGGAGAUGUGUCAGUCCAACCAGUCACUGCUCUCUCGCUUGGAGGACGUGCAGGGUAAGCUAACAAAGCUAAAUCAUGAGCACAGGGACCUAAAGGAGAAACUGAAGGAGGAGAGGAAACAAGCAGAGGAGCUGUGGAAAACAAAAACUGAGCUGGAGGAUGAGAGGAGGCUGCAGGACCGGACUGUGGAGCAGCUACAGAGGAAGAUGAAUGGCAUCAUGGAGGAGUGCGAGGCGUCAACAGAUGUGCUUCAGAACCAGGUCGAUGAGGCCAGAGAGAAGAGUCAGAAGGAGUUGGACGAGCUGCGGAGACAGCUGCAGGAAAAGGGAGCAGAGCUGGAGAAAACCCGACAGGCAGCCAAAAAUCUGCAGGAAGAGCUGCUUCCUCUGGAGGAGGAUUUGCGGGGCUGUCUCAGGGAGCUGCAGGAGGCCCAGCUCAGGGGCCGGCAGCUGGAGCGGAGGGUCGAGGAGCUGGAGGAGAGGAACACAGUCACGGUGGGGGAGCGGGAGCGGCAGGUCAAGCUGAUGGAGGGUCGUAUGGGUCAGCUGGAAGAGGAUCUUAAUGAUGAACGAAGCAGCGCUGACCGCCUAAUGGAGCGUUUAGACAAAACCAAAGAGCAGAUGGAUCAAAUAAGGAACGAGCUGAUGCAGGAGAGAGCCACCAGGCAGGACCUGGAGUGUGACAAGACAAGCCUGGAGAGACAGAAUAAAGACCUGAGGGGCCGAGUGACUCAUCUGGAAGGAUCAACGAGGACCAACCAGGAUUCACUCGUCUCUAAGCUGAACAGCCGCAUCCAGGAACUGGAGGAUCGACUGCAAGGUGAAGAGAGAGACAACAACAACCUGCAACAAGCCAACCGCAGGCUGGAGCGCAAAGUGAAGGAGAUGAAGAUGCAGUCGGACGAGGAGCACGUCAACCUGCAGAGCCAGAGAGACCAGCUGACUCAGAGGCUGAAGACGGCGAAGAGGCAGAUGGACGAGGCGGAGGAGGAGAUCGAGCGUCUGGAACACGCAAAGAAGAAGCUGCAGAGAGAACUGGACGAGCAGAUCGAGGCCAACGAGCAGUUUCACGGCCAACUGAGCGCAUUGAGGAGCGAGUUGAGGCGGAAGAGGAAAUCCCCUCCUCUCAUUAAGACUAUGGAGGACAAUGUGAAGGAAGAGGAUGACUUUGGAUCCGACUGAUUGAUUGAAACAAAACACUCCAAAAGUCUUUCCUGGACUCACUCUGAAGAAUCCUUGAUGUCAUAACUCAACAUAAUCUCAUUAACAGCUCAGGUGUGAUCUCAUUAUGUUGUGAAAGCUUGGCAGCUUGUCAAUGCUGACCUCUUGUGGCAAUAUGUGUGUCUACACUAUGUGACAAACUGAUUCUUGACAAUGCAACAGCCCCACUGGCUUAUUUACCUGUACUGAAACUGUUCUUUUCCUGUUCCUUAAGUUAUUUCCCUGCGGUGUGAGUUAAUAUGGUGCAAACUGCAAAUCUUUAACUAAUGAAUAAAUGAAUUAAAAACACA